AUGACUUCAGCAUUCGGCCCAAUCGCCGAACAACACCAGGACAAAUUCGACCUCGGAAUCUGGCACGCGCUCUUCAACUGGAACAACCUCACCGUCGCCGUCCAAAACCAAUGGGGCGGCCCCGACUCCUCCGAUAAGCGCGACUGGCUCGCAGGCCAAAUUUCCGAACUCUUCGCCGCAGAGCCCCUCACAGACCAAGAAGAUGUGGAAGUCGUCCUACUACAAGUCCUCGAGGACGAGUUCGGCGUGCGCGUAGAAGACGAGACCGAAGUCGCCGUUGCGCGCGAUAUCAUGGCGAUACGGAAGGAGAUUGGCGAGGGCAGCACAGCUAUGGUGGAUGCGCUACAGAAGAAGUGGGAAGAUAGGAAGGGCAAGGAGGUUGCGACUGGGAGUGUUAAUGUCAAGGAGACGAAUCAGGACUUUGAGGGGGAUAGUGUGGAUGAGGAGACGGAUGAGGAUGAGGAUAUGGAUAUGGAUGAUGCGCCUGCGCUUGUGCCUGCGAAACCGAAGGCGGCUAAGCCUGAGCCCGAGAUCGACGAGGACGGCUUCACGACGGUGGUUGGCAAGAAGAAGAGGUGA